UUACCGAGCCUUCCAACUCAGACGAACCAGAAGAUGAUAUCUGCAGGAGCGGGUGCCGCUGCGGCGGGAGCAGCAGCCCCGAAGGCGAGCGAUCUGGAAGUACGGGACAUCACGGACCUUGUGUGCAAGGCCGAUUGUUACUGUCUCAAUCAGCUGUCGGGAGCAACAUGGGAAAACCUCUUCCAGGGGGAUGACCGGCUGAUGCUUCAGUCGGACGCCGAUGAGCAAUUGCUCUUGCACGUGGGCUUCAUGGAGACUGUGAAGCUACACUCGAUAGACUUCGUCGCCCCUUCGGAUGACACGGCUCCGUUGACGGUGAAACUCUACCUCAACCGGAACAGCAUGGGAUUCAGCGACACUGACGACAUGGCGCCGGCGCAAACGUUGGAGCUAACGAAGGAAGAUUUGGUGGCCGGUUCAGCGUCUGUGCUGAAGUUCGUUAAGUUUCAAAGGGUCUCCGGCCUUUCGAUUUUCGUCGCGGACAACAACGGCGCGGAGCAGAGCUGCUUGUCGAGCCUCCGGUUCUUCGGGACCCCCGUGGCAACGACCAAGAUGGGAGACUUCAAGAAGGUCGAAGAGGGGGCAUGAUCGACCGGAGCUUCAUGUCUCGCUGUAUUUGGGUGUGGUGCUUCUGGAUAGGACGCCGGUGGCAUCCAACAAGAUUUAGUUAGAGAAGCAGGCGUUUCCUCCGGGUCUAUUUUGUGCAAAGAUAUGAAUCGGGUAAGCCUUGUGUUGUGACAGAGCUGGUUGCUCAUGAGACGGUCUUGGAUCGAGAGGAUGCCGUACUAUAGUUUGAGGUUUCAGGGGGACACGUGGGUUGGUCCCCUUGACGUUGCAGCCGUUCGGCACAUGCGGCGAAUUUUUGCUCACGCCGGGCCUGGCGGUGACGUUUUGGCAAGAUAUCUACGAGCGUGACGCAGCGCUGCUGCUACGCACUCGCCGAGGGUUGUUUGGUUCGUUCGACUAUUUAUCAUUUGUUCGUGUUCGGUCGGGCGACGGGCGGCGGGUGGCUUGGUAUUGUCGCUCUAUUUCUCCCAAAGAAGGCGCAGAGGGUGUAUUCGUGGUACCUGGUACUCCUGGAGGGGGUUCAAGAUUUCGUGCCAUGCGUCCUGGAAAUUCGAGGAUCGAUCUGAAUUUUGUGCAUCUAUCAUAGAUAUCAUGCUUCUGACGAUGAGCUGAGCGAAGCACAAUACCAUUUCCCUGCCAACGCAGGCAGCCACCUGCCACAGUUGGUAAGCAUCGUUUCCUUUGACCCUUUAGCAAGGACGGCCGUGCAAGCAGCAACGGAAAACUUCAGUUUUUCAUUUGUCAGGGACUGAGUUGUCCGUACUCUCCAUCUCUGAUGCGUGUUGUCGCCACAUGUUUGCUACUGCCGCCUCCCUGGCGAAUCUUGUGAACCUUG